AUGCUGUCUUGUCCCCCGGAGUCUUUUCUCCCUUCCAGACCGGGCUGCAUGCGUUUCCUUGGCGGCGCCGCCUCCCUGGGCAGGGAACCGUCACAGGCAGCGCCAAUGGAUCCGCGCCUGUGGCAAGUGGAGGCAGGCUCUGGGAGGUUGUCGAGGGCCAGCGUUCAGGCUUCUUCUGCUCUUUUUCCUAGACGAGGAACAAGCCUGUUUUCGACCCCCGCAGGCAGCGACAGGCGGCUCUCAGGGACGACGAACGAGUCGUCUCUCCCGCUUUCGCGAGUGUCUCCGGAGGCGCAGCGAUGCCAUCACCGCAAGUCUUCGCUCCUCUCCACAGCAGCUGUUGGCACCACCCCCGCGGAGGCUUCCGUCCAUCAUCUGCGCGGGUCUUCUCAGGCGCCAAACCUGUGGGGGCGCCGGCACACUCCACUCGCCCAUGGUUCUGCGGCAGAGACAUGCCGAACGCCUCUGCAUCUCUCCCCCUUCGACUUCGUCGAGAAUCCCUCGGAACGGCGAACUGGCGGAGAAAUGCGCGCGGGGUUUGCGGCCCUCCCCCAGGUGACGCACAGCAUCGGCGCCCCGACGGGGAGACUGUCUGCAGAAACGGUGUCUCCGAGCGCAUCGCCUUUCGAAGUUCCCUCGCCGCUCCCGGCCCCACAACGCGCCUCUGCCUGCCGUUCGUGCUCCGCGCCGUUUCGGCGGCCUUCUGCGGAACCCCCGUGGACUCCUGCCGGCGUAGCUGGAGCCUCGGGAUGGCUCUCUGCGCGUUCGUCCACGCAUGCAAGGGAAGACCUUGAAAGAAACAAAACUCUCUGCGUGCACGCAGUCGCCUCGCCUCGCCUCACACCUCCGGGGCCGGCACCCAAGACGCCAUCAAGUGGAGUCCGCGCUUCGCGGCUACGUCUUCUCGCGAAGGGGGCACCCCUCGGAGGCCUUCCCUCGGCCGCGUCGGGAUCUCCCCGUCACGUCGCUCCUUUCUCUCUGUACGCCGCAGCUGCGCGGGCGCCGCAGGACCUUUCUGAGGCAACAACGCAGGUUCAAAGGUCCCAGCCUCGCGGUCCGACGGCCCUCACUCCACCGCCUGCAACUGCGGCGUACCCUGCCCCGCCAGAAACGUUCACCUCUUCCGCGUCUUCGUUCUCUGCCUCCUCCGCUUCUGCUUUCUCUGCCUCUGCUUCCUCUGGUUCGUCUUCGCUGCAUUUUUCGCCGGCCUUGGGGGUGCAGCCUGUCGCGGCGCGAAGGCGGCAGAGCGUCGAGCGGCGGUCGAGCAACGUCUUCUCGACUUCCCUGUCUCCAGAGGGAUCGCCUCCAGGUGGAGUAUCUGUGCGCUGCAGCGGAGAGGAAAAUGAAGGCGGAAAUACGAUGCACGGAGCAGAACCUGCCGAGAAUCUCCCAGCGAAUUUGGCGAGACUUCUCGGAGGUGCCGGCCAACGCCCGGCGCAUGUGGAGGCGACGGCAGCGCAUGCAGGUCGCGAAAAAAGGGAGAGCGCUCCGCGGCAUCUUGACGAGGCGCGCGAACGUCGCGUGUUGCCUUGCGGAGGCGCGAACGAAGGCAAGGACCCCCGAGAGAAGGAAGCUGGACGCUGCUGGCCCGACGUUUCUGCUCCUUCCGCGGCACCUUCGCUGCUCCUCGGUGCGGCCAGAGAGAAGGAGUCGCCAGCAGAAAAAAAGAGCACUGUGGGGGCUCUGGCUGCAGUCCCCGCAGAGCCGCUUUCUCCGCAUUCUCCAGGACGUCGUCCGAGCGUCCAGGAGUCACACAAGAGUUCUUUUGCGUCCUCGGUUUGGGCUUCGUCUGCGUCUUCUGCACUUUCUCAGGCAAAUAGAACUCUUGGGGUCUGUCCGAGCGUUCAAGACUUACUCGCGGGUCCUGCGCAGCUGUCAGCGCAUGCGCGCGGUGUUGCAGAAUCGAGUGACAGGGAAUCUGGGACUCGCGUCGCGGACGGGAGCUCUUCGAUUCUGGAGCAUGCUGAUGUCUCGCAGGCAAAGCGACCCUACGCGCCUUCGGAGCCGUCACAGGCGACGGUCGACGCGAAACCAAGGCAGAGGGAACGAAAAUUGUCUGCAUGUGAACCUGCGUCGUUUGGAAGUGCAGGCGCAUCAACUCCCUCAGACGUCUGGGUCCGCGAGGACAUGACAGUCACCGAGAAGACGACGAGAGAGGAGAGCGAAGAGCGAAGUCUGAGCAACGAGGCCAGAGAGAAGGACGAAGGUUGCGAGCACUGCGCAGUCCUCCUCGAAACGCUCGCGCACACGGCCGACCGCAUGCAGCGGCAAAUGGAAGACGUGGAAAGCAAGGUGCAGCAUCUCCAGGAAGUCGCUGAGGGAUCGAAGCGCGCAAGGCCUUUCUCGUUUGCGUCCUCGGGCAGACAGUGCAUGCCGGACGAGGGCGCCGAAGCCGGCAAGGUGACCGGAGACGCGCCGGCGACUCAGGAGGCGUUCCGCGCUUCGCCAGAGGAUCAGAGCGGCCAGCGAGGAGGAGAGAAGCUGCGUGUCUGGGGGGCGAGAGACGACCAGGUGCGAGCUUCCAGGCGGGAGAAGACUGGGGCAGAACCCCGGGGAGACAACGGAGACACUUGGGGACAGGCGAGACUCGAGGCAGGACCAGGUGGAGGAGACGAACGCGCGGUUGCCUCGGGGACUCCGGCGCUCCAGGACGAGGAAAGCAUCAUUGCGAGACUCACGAGAGAAAAGGAAGAGGCAACUGCGGAACGGGACUUCUUGCUUGAAGAGUGCAAAACUUUGAGGUACUCCGUCGAUGUCCUCUCGCAAAUUCGCCUUUUACUCGAAGACCGCGUCGCGCGUCUCGAGCGGACGCUUCUCGGGGCGCCCAAAAGGAAGACGAAGGGAGAACCGGCGAGGAGAAAAGGAGACAGGUGCUUGCUUCAGGAAGCGAAGAUGGAAGUAAUAAGGCCAAGCCAGCCUGCGUGGACACAGCGUAUGGGAGGAACCGGGAUGGUGGAAACAGGCGAGAGGGAAAGCGAACAAGGUGACUCAAGAGCAGACAACAAGGAGAGUGAGUGGAAUGCACUGUCGCAUCCUUGGCAUGUCGACGCACUCAGGAAGGCCUCCGAAGGAAAAUGCGCGGAGACCAGGCAGGGUCCUGCUGGCGAGUCCGAACGCGCCGACGACGACCGGAGAAACGCGCGAGAGAGACUUGCCUGUUUAGAGGCUUUGACGCGCGAACGUGGAGGCUGGAGAGACGAAAGCUCGGGCAGUGCAUGUGUGCGGCCUCAGGAGAGCUUUGAAGCCUCUAGAUGCAGGCGAGUAUCCGACGGAGGAGAGAACUCGCGCAGUGCCGCGGAGACAGCUGCGGCGGCGCAGCCGUUUGUCUGUGUCUCCAAGGAGGCCACAAAAUCUUCUAGCGCGAGAGAGGACAAGAAGCGAGGUGAUCAAGCCUCCUGUCUAGAGGAGAACGAGGGGGAGAGAGAGGAGACCAUCUGCGCAAAAUCGAGCUUCCACAGACUCUCCGCAGGUGCAGAAACUGUCAUCACGAGACGCCGCACUCAGGGAGAUUUCCUGAACGGGAGGGCAUCUCAGGAAGCGGGUGUAAACCAGGCUGCAUCAGGCGAAGUUACAGAGAAAGGCGAGAGGGAGAUGACAGGCGUCGGAGUCCUCGAAGCGCAAGACCCCAAUCAAGGCCUUUUCUUCGUCAAAGCUCCGGGCUGGUCUCGAUCGGAAGAACGAAACAAUUUAUCCUUCUCUGGCCAAGAAAACACAGACAACAGCCGAACUUCGCAGCCACGCAGUCCUGUCUACCUAAGCACACUUCGCUCUUAUUCCUCCUCUUCUUCGUCUUCUUCCUCGUCUUCUUCUUCAUCUUCUUCCUCCUCUUCUUCUUCAUCUUCUUCCUCCUCUUCUUCUUCAUCUUCCUCCUCUUCUUCUUCAUCUUCCUCCUCUUCUUCUUCGUCUUCUUCCUCCUUUUCUUCUUCGUCUUCUUCGUCUUGCUCUUCUUCCGCGGCUGCGUGUACCUUCUCACCUGCUGUGGAGAAGUCGACUGCGGCGCCUUUGCUACCGAGUGUGGGUCCGAUGGACGACGCGAGUCAGUUGGAGUCUCUUUUCACCCCUCCAGUGCCCCUGGGGGCUUCCCUGGGUGACUCUCCGCGUCGCUGGGGCAUUCCGCGCUCCCUUGGAGAAACGCGGCGCUCUGAGGCGCUGCCUGGGGACCGCAUGCAAGCGUCCGUUGCAUCUGCGGCCUUCUCGCUCUGGUCAGGAAGGCGCGAGACAGCUCGCGGAACUGAGAGCGCGAGAGGACGAACAGUCCCCCACCACCGAGAGACUCCAGAGGCGGGCGCGUCCGGGUCUAUCGCGGCGUCCUGCCCUUCGUCGAGUCUGCAGCUCCUCGCCACAAUCGACAGAGACAGCGCAGAGAUUGCGGUACCUCUGGGUCCUAUCGAGGGCAGGACGAGGCGCAUGCAGAGGGCUUCAGGCGACGGGCCGGCUCUGGGGAUGCCGAGAGAAGAAUCUGGGAAGCGAGAGAGUCGCGCGAGACGCUCCUCGUCCCUGUCCUCUUCAGAGUUUCGCCAACAGAUGCUGGGACUCGGUCCGCCGUUCCAGCUGCUCUCUGUGCAUGCGUCGCGCGUGCGACCGGGCAUGCAACAACUGCAUGCGGACGGAGACAGAACGCAGAGAGAAGCAGAGACCGAAGAGAGAGGCGGUGCGGUUGAGACGAAGGGGAAGAGUCAGAGAGGCCGAGGCGAGAGGCGAGAAAGCCUGAGUUCUGAAGAGGGCGUUGCUUUGCACAUCGGGGGUCCUCACAUCCACCAUGACGAGGCCGGGUGGGGAGACGACCGAGAGGCAGGACAAGCCGCGAGGGUGGAACAUGAGAGAGGAGACGAAAACAAAGCGACCUUUCUGGAACGUGACGCGCGGAUAUUCCAGUCGAAGGCGCAGAGUGGCGGACGUCGGCAGAGAAGAGAAACGUCUCUGAUGGAGAGCGAAGAAAGCUCGGAAAGAGAAAAAGUAUCCAGGCAAGCGCGUACCGGAAACGGUCUACGCCAAGGGUCCACAGAUCUCCCCACUUUCUCAACUCGCCUGCGGCCUGAGAUCGGCGGCCUCGGUUCUCCCCGACGCAGUGUGGGCUCCUCGAUCCGUUCUCGCAGUGUCCACAUCUCCCCGAGCCUCUCUCCGUCUUCUCUCUCUUCUUCUCUUUCCUCGCUUUCUUCUUCUCUCUCGUCUCUGUCUUCGUCUCUCUCCGUUCCUCUUGUGUCCCCGUUUCUGGAGCCAGCCGCGGAGAUACGGACCUGA